AUGACUUGUUCAGCAAUAUACUUUUGUGAUGAAAAUCGAAAAUCUUUAAUAUCAAAAAUAUAUCGAGAAACAACUAGUUCAAUAACAAUUUUUCGUGAAUAUUUAUGGAAAAAUCAAGAUGCACUUGAAAAUAUGCCAUUUUUUAUUUUUGAAAAUAAUUUUUAUAUGUACAUAAAAAUCAAUGAUAUUUAUAUAAUAGGAGUUAUGGAAGAAAAUAAUACUUCUAAUGUUAUGCUUAUUAUAACAUUUUUAUAUAAAAUUAAAGAUUUGUUGGUGUCUUUGUUAGGUGAAUUAACAGCUAUAAAUGUUAAUAAAAAUUUAAUUUACAUUUAUGAGUUAUUAGAUGAAAUAUUAGAUUUUGGUUAUCCACAAAUAUCUGAAAUUAAUGUUUUAAAAAGUUAUGUUAUGCAGAAUGGAAAGAAAACUAAAAGACAGAUUAUGGUACCUCCAACUGUUACAAAUGCUGUUAAUUGGAGGGUACCAAAUAUUUAUCAUCUUACUAAUGAAGUUGGUGUAAAAUUAACAGAAAAAAUUGACAUUACCAUUAAUAAAGAAGGUUCUAUUGUAGAAUAUACAAUUAAAGGAUUUAUUGACCUUUUUGCACAACUUUCUGGUAUGCCAAAAGUUACAUUUAAAGUGUGUGAAAAAUUUAAAGAAUUACUUGGUACUAGAAACAUUUAUGAUCACCGUGGUUUUCAUUUAGAUAAUAUUAAAUUUCAUCAUUGUAUUUUUAUGACAAAAUUUGAAGACUAUAAAGAGAUACAAUGUAUACCACCAGAAGGAAAAACAAAUUUAAUAUCAUAUCAAUUGACACCAGAAUUUUCACUCAAACCAAUAAUUGAAUGUAAUUGUACACUAUUAAAACCUAGUUCUUCAAGAGUUAUAUAUAAUUUAUCUUUAAAAUCAAAUUAUAGAGCAUAUCGAUAUGCAACUUUUAUACAGGUUGCUAUUCCAAUAUCAAGAGAUUGUUUUAAUUUGAAAUACACAAGUUCUUUUGGUAAAAUUAUUCAUCAAAAAGAUAAUAAUGCUUUGAUUUGGAUGUUUAAAAAUUAUCCUGGACAAAAGGCAAGCCAUUCAAGAGCUGAAUUUUCUUUAUCUACAAUUAAAAGUGAAAUUGAGGAGAAGAUUCCGAGAAUUUUAACUUUACAAUUUACAAUAAAUGAUGUUUUAAUGUCAGAUGUUUCUAUCAAAUCUGUAAAUAUCUCAGAAAAGUAUGAUGUAGUAGCUUACUGUCAAACAAAAACAUCAUCAGGAAAUUAUACUAUUCGUUUCUAA